AUGCUUGCUAAACUGAUGCCUAAUGUUGCAGGACCCAGUAACAGCAAGAGAAAUAUCCUAAUGUCAGUCGCUCACUCUAUAAUGCUAUAUGGAGCAGAGGUGUGGGCGGAAGCAGUGUGGGUCAAAAAGUACAGGGCGAAAUUAGCUUCAAUAAAAAGGAAAGGUGCUAUAGGAGUUGGAUGUGUUUAUCGCACAGUUUCUGAAGCGGCGAUUUUGGUCCUAGCUGUUACACUCCCCAUAGACUUUUUGGCUACUGAGAGGAAAAGGGUUUUUGAGGCUAGGGAAAAUAGGGAAGAGAGGGAAACACUACAGAUAGAAAGAAUACGUACCCUAUUCAUUUGGGGAGACAAGUGGACGAACGAAGAAAAGGUUACGUGGACUGCCAGGUUCAUUUAA